AUGUUAAGAAUCGGUACUCAGUUACCACGUCUAAACUCAUAUAUUUCUAACGUUGCAAUCAGAAAUUUUAGCAGUACCAUGUCAAACCAACAACAGCAGUGGAAUCCCAAAUUGACACCUGAACAACUAGCAGUCCUUAGGGAUAAGUAUACUGAAAGACCUAAUACCGGUGCUUAUUUGAACAAUAAGGAACAGGGAACAUAUAACUGUGCUAACUGCGAUAAUCCUCUCUACUCAAGUGGUGCGAAAUUUGAUUCCGGUUGUGGGUGGCCAGCAUUUUACCAGGAAAUUUCAAAGGAUUCAUUACAAUACCAUGUUGAUAACGCAUUUGGUAUGAAACGUGUGGAGGUCUGCUGUGGUAAAUGCGGUGGUCAUUUGGGCCACGUUUUUGAAGGUGAAGGUUGGCAAAAGAUGCUUAACUUGCCCACUGAUUCAAGACACUGUAUUAACAGUGCAUCCCUAAAUUUCGAAAAAAAAUGA